AUAAGCUGGGAAACAUGCUAUUAAAUUAGCAAGUUGAAGAUUUAACAAGGCGGACUGAAUUUGUCCCGGAGCAAAAUCGUGUCUAAACGGUCAAAUCAAAAGAAGAUCUUGUGAUAAAGGUAUACAGUUGAAGACUUUACUGUUAUAGCACACUUUUUAAACAAAAAAUGGCAACGAGACGAAGUGAGAGACGGGUUACACGAUCUACAAGUACGAACACAGUGACUCGGCCAAAUCCAGAAAAUGAGAAUCUUACAGACAUGAAAACAGAAUUACAACAGACUGAGAUCCGAUUUAGAAAAGCGUGUAAUCAAAUUAACUUAUUAAAUAGGAAAAUGGAAAGUAUACACAAAAGAUAUAACUGUGCCAAGAAGAAUAAUCAUCGUGUGUUCAGAUAUAAACUACGACUAAGGUUGGCUGUUGUAGAAGGACUUAGAAACAUGUACUACGAAUAUGCAAAUAAAAAGGCAUCAAGAGUUGUAGAACUGAGACGUGAACUUUUUAACGAGAAUGUUGAAGUAGUAGAACAAGAGGACAGUGAUUACGAGGACUCAGAAAUGGAUGAGGCCGAUUGAAAACAAGGAAGAUAAUCUGUGAUAUAUAUAUGUGACAUCUAGUGCUAAAAUUUUGAUGACAGCCAGACUGUUACUGAAGGCACUGCUUGUCCAAGCUUGUGAUCUCCAGGCUCUAAGAAGAAGAUAGCCUUACUUGCCAUGUGCAAAGUUUAUAGCAAACUUGAAAAAGCAAUGUUCUUAAUGUGAAUCAUGACAAUAUUUUAGACAAUAUUAAUUUGAUCUUAUAUAUUUUUCAUUUUCAAGUUUUAAUUCAGGAAAUGAAACAUUUUAUCAAAAUAAUUUUUUUAGCAAAAUAUGCCUGAAUUAUAAUUAAGAAUUUUCUAGCAGAACCCUUCCAUUGCCAAUUUUGUACAAUAGACUUGCCAUGCUUUUCAUUUGGAACUGUCUAUUUUUAUUUCAAAGGGGUUUGUUAUGAAAAAGUUAAAAGUAAAAUAGAGCAUUUGGCAGAAGUCAGUACAGAGGCUGGACUCUUUGUGCUGAACUUUUUGAUAAAAACCUAUGAAACACUGGAUCAGCGUCAUAUUUCAUAUCCACAACUUGUCACUCAGUUUUUGAAAAAUCAACAACAACAUGUAUUAUUAAAAGUUACUCCCCUGUUACAGAUUUUCAUUAAUUACAUUAAGUUAUUAAUGUCUUAACUUGUUUAAAGUCUAGGCACAUAGGAUAGAAGAUAAAUUUGCCUUUUGGUAUGGCCAAAAGGGCUCUUCUGCAAUUGUUAAUGUAUAUCGUAUUACAAAUUCUGUAUAAGCAUUUUUUUUAAAACGUUAUUGGUUCUGUUACAAGAGAUAAAAUCCCGUGAUUGGAAUAUAAAUUUGUUGUCUCCAUCAGUAAAGCUAUAUUGGUCAGAUCUUUUCAUAUCAACAUGAUGUAUACAAAGCUACACUUUUUGUUUACAUUAGAUAAUUGUUAAUUAUAAUAUAUUGAAAGUAUAUAAUAUUAACUUAUAACUUAACUGCAUUGUCUUAUGAUACUGGAUGGUUCCAUUUUUGAAGUGAGGUAAUAUACUUAACAAUAUUCAAUUCACUAUCAUAAUAUUGUACUGCAAGAAAAAAAUGAUGAUCUCUUUCCAAAGAGAUCCAAUCUAAAAUUGUCAUAUAAUGAUAAGUAUAUACAUGUAUGUAAUAGUCAUGCAGAAAAAAUUAAUGCAACUGUUGUACUACAUUUGCCUGGUGUCAUAAUCUUUAAUGAUGUCAUGAAGGAUCAGUUCUGAUGUCAUAAGAAUUGUUAUUGUUCAUUACGUAAUGCUGUGUAAUAAUCAUAUUUUUACUUACUUGUUUUAAAAAGGAAUAAUGGGAAUCAUUUAAGAAUCGGCAACAGUGUCAUAAACAAAACAUGUUUGUCUGUUUUGUCUGAAAUUUUUCUGCAUUACUUCAAAACAAAUUUGUUAAUGAUAUUAGGGGAUGAUAUGUUAAACAUUAAACCUGCAGAAAACAUAGCGUUUGUUUCAGUUUGCGAUAAGUACAAAUCAGAAGAGAAAAGAUUAGUCAUUGCCACCAGUAUAGAGCCAAGCCAGUCUGCGCACUCCUGCAGUCUGACCAGGCUUAUACUGUUGGUGACUUAUUUUUUGUAUUUCAUAAAAUAACAAAUUGUAAAUUCAGCAGGUUUAGGGCUAAGUUUAUUUUGACGAUAGUUGUACAAAACUACAUUAAACUCAAAUGUUAAUCAUUCACUGAUAUAACCCAUAAGUUGUAUAAACAUACAAAAUGUUCACUGUAAUAUACAUCUGUAUAAAUGUACACAAAUAGCACAAUCAUGGUCAGUCAGGUUUUAUCUAUGUGGCUUGCGAAAGGAGUUACAAUUGGGGUACUCUGAAACUAUGGCAUUUAUGGGCUGGCAUAAAAAGGGACAUAAGAAAUCUUUUAUUGAUAUUAGUGCACUGCACUUGAUAGAGAAUUACUUUGAAACAAUAGCAUUUAUAGGGUGGCAAAAAAGGGACAUUGGAAAUCUUCUUAUUGAGAUGUGUGCACACAAUAGCUGUAAAGUGGUCACAUGAUAGAAUAGAUAUUACAUUUUCAUGCAAAAGUCAUUACAUGGCCACACGAUACAAUUUAUGUUGCAUGCGAACGUUAUAUCUAUUGCCUGUGGACUUCAUACUAUCGCAUGCGCACAUAAAUGAUUUCCCAUGUCCCCUUUAUGCCACCAUACUUUUUUAUAUGAGAAUAAUUAUAGUAUUUGUUCAUGUGUUAAUGACUUUAAAAAUAGAUAUUACUAGACUUACAAACCAUUUUUGCUGACUAUGUUGAUAAAUAUGAGGUUUUUUUAUGUUUUGUUGUUUACUGUCUUGCAGUUUGGUUCUGUUGAUAGAUGUAAGUGAAUGUUCUAAGUUAAGUGACUUUGUUAUGUUAUGUACGGUAGUGUGAAACUAUUAUAUUAUUGCCUGUAUGGUUUUAAACAUUGGUGACCAUUUUCAUUAAAAAUUUGGUGUUUUAUUCUGAUUUUCCUAUUUUUUUAAAGAAAAAUUUGGAAUUUUAUUUUGAUUUUUCCAAUUUUUAUUAAAAAUUUGGGAUUUUAUUCUGAUGUUCUGAUUUUUCCUAUUUUAAAUAAAAAUUUGGAAUUUUAUUCUGAUUUUCCUAUUUUUGAUAAAAUUUGGAUUAUAUUCUGAUUUCCCUUUUAAAAACCUAUGUUUUACUAGUAAUGUGUGUCUGAUUUCUAGAGUUUGUUUUAUAAUUUUUCUUAAAUUCAUGUAUUGAAGCUAUUAAAGUAAAGAUUUAUCAUCAAAAACAUAAUUAUAUACACCUAUCAAUUACAACUCAUAAUCCCAGAAAUUAUGGAAAGAUAAUGUCAUAUUUCGUUGUUUUUGAUCUACAUAAAAAAAGUGAUAUGUUUUUCAUUGAUGUAACAAUUUGUAUUUUUACAGUUUCCAAAUGAUGUUGACAUUUUGGAGAUUUACUUAAGAACUGUUUUUGUUGAUUUAUUUGUAGAAUAUAGAGUAAUAAUUCACGAUUUAUGAAGCUCUAUACUGUUGGUCGAGUAACAUCAGAUUUAUCCCGAUAAACCAGAUUACCUAUAUUGAUAAUGGACAGUUCCAAACAUUGAAGCUGGACAAGUCCAUUUACAAAAGUUCAGCAAGUUAAGGAUACAGAAGCAGGGAAUUUUUUUCCGUCUUUAAAGUUCUUUGUAAAAAUAUUUGGAAGUUUUACAAAGUACAUGUAUAUGGUUUUACAAAACUUAUUUUUAAUGGUAUUAGUCAUUGUGUUGACAAAUUUUAUGGAAGUUGAAUUAUUCUGUGUAUUAUGUCAUGGGUUUGCUUGAAUUGAAUAUGCGUAUAAAGAUUUUUUUUUUUAACUUUUUGUUGUUUAGUUACAAGUAGCAAAUUUUAGUGUGAUUGAUUUUAAAUAGAUAAAAUGCAGACAUACAGAAAAUUAAAAAAUUUGUGAUUUGAAUAA